AUGCUCCACAAAACCCCGCGUGUGUCCAGGCAGCUUCGGUUACCCAGCGCCCAGCUGGCCCAGCCUCCCGCGAGCCCUGCCAAGGCCUGGCACUGCUGCCCCGGCUGCCCCUCUCCCUGCCAGCAAGCCCGCAAGGCCCGAGGGCGCGGGCAGAUUGCUUUCCCGGCCGGCUCAGCCCUGCUCCCCCAGGAGAAGGCCUCAGUGUUCCCGCCCCCCGCGGCCUCCGCCUGGCUCAGAGGCACCCGGGCUCCGGGCUGCAAGGUCACCGGGCCGCACGGAAUCCACCUGCAGCCGCACCAGCUUCCAGGAAACCGAAUCCCAGCGGCAGAUGACAGCCGUGGGCUGCAGGACAGAGCGCCCAUUCAGCGUCCACUGGAGCCAGCCUGGCCCGACCUGGCGGCCGCCUCCCCAGCCUGGGCCCUCCUGCACCUGGGUACCAACCGCCCAGAGCCGGUGCUGCCCAGACCGCCCAUCCACCUGGGGGCCACAGGUGGGGAUGGAGGGCUGCGACGUGCCCCACCUGGGUGCCCAGGACAGGUGUGA